GCCAUGUAACAGGGAGGGCAUAGACUUCUAUCCAACGUCUAACAAUCAACAUGUACAAGUUCAUCGUUCUUGCCGCCGCCUUGGCUUGCGCCAACGCUGGAUACGUCGGAGCCCCCGCCGCCGUCGGUUACGCCGCCGCCCCCGUCGCCACCUACGCCCAUGCCGCCCCUGUAGCGUACGCCGCCCCCGCCUACGCUAAGACCUACGCCGCCGCCCCCGUCGCCACUUACGCACACGCCGCCCCAUUGGCCUACGCCGCUCCCGCCUACGCCAAGGCUUACGCCGCCCCGGCCGUCGCCACCUACGCCCACGCUCCCGCGGUCGCCACUUACGCCAAGACUUACGCCGCCCCCGUAGCCACCUACGCCAAGACUUACGCCGCCCCCGUAGCCGCCUACGCCCACGCCCCGGCUGUCGCCACCUACGCCGCCCCGGCAUACGCUAAGACUUACGCCGCCCCCGCUGUGGCCACCUACGCUCACGCCGCUCCAGUAGCCCACGCCUACGCCGCCCCCGCCGUCGCUAAGGUCGCUUACUCCGCCGCCCCCGCCGUCGCUCACUUCUCCUUCGACGGAUACGGAACCCACUACGGAUGGUAAUCAACUAAACUGCCAUCUUCAUCUCCAUCGUUCUCAUCACAAUUUCAUCAAACUUUCAAUCCUAAGUACUAAGUACUGCCAUGGUAUUACAUAUGUAUCUGUUACUUUUUGUACAUAGUUUAAGGACUAAAUAAAAACCAUAAAUUUUUAAAAUA